CUCAGUUUUCAAACAGAGUGGAGACCACGAAGAUAACGUAAGGACGUGUUUCCUCAAACCUUACCGGACGACCUGUUUGAUAUUUCGACUUUUAUUUUUCAAGUUCACUUAAAAAGAAAUCAGAUUUUUUUUUUGUUGCUAUGGCAAAGGGAGAGGGGGGUGAACAAUACACCAACGCCAGUUUAUUAAAUAAACCUGUCAACUCGGAUGGUGUCAAGCUCGCCGGGAAGGAGAACAAGAACAGAUUGUCAGUCUGCAACAAGAUAUGCUAUGCCAUCGGCGGAGCCCCCUACCAGAUCACAGGAUGUGCCCUGGGAUUUUUUCUGCAGAUCUACCUGUUGGACGUAGCUCAGCUGGAUCCCUUCUAUGCCUCCAUUAUCUUGUUUGUGGGCCGAGCAUGGGACGCCGUAACGGACCCCACAGUGGGCUUCCUGGUCUCCCGAAGCCCAUGGACGCGCAUCGGACGCAUGCUGCCCUGGAUCCUGCUCUCGACCCCUCUGGCUGUACUUUCCUAUUUCCUCAUUUGGUACGUUCCGCCCUUUGAGAACGGAAAAGUCAUCUGGUACCUCGUGUUCUACUGCAUCUUCCAGUCCCUGCAAACUUGCUUCCAUGUGCCGUACUCUGCCCUCACCAUGUUCAUCAGCUCCGAGCAGAAAGAAAGAGACUCGGCCACCGCAUACAGGAUGACGGUGGAGGUUCUGGGCACGGUUCUUGGUACAGCUAUCCAGGGGCAGAUUGUUGGUAUGGCGAACGCUCCCUGCCUCCCAGGACCCGGCGACAUCGUGGCCAAUCUGAGCAACUCCUCUCUGUCUGCGGCGCUCAAUGACUCGGCGCCCGUCAUUUCCCUCGAUCACACGAAAAAGGCCUACAUGAUUUCUUCGGGUAUCAUAAGCAUCAUCUAUGUCCUCUGCGCCAUCGUCCUCUUCUUCGGUGUAAAGGAGCAAAAAGAUUCUUGUCGCCCCCGGUCGGAGCCCAUGGGUUUCUUCCAGGGGAUUAGGCUGGUGCUGGGACAUGGACCGUACGUCAAACUGGUCAUGGUCUUCCUCUUUACAUCGCUCGCUUUCAUGCUCCUGGAGGGAAACUUUGCCCUGUUCUGCAGCUCCACACUGGGCUUCAGGAACGACUUCCAGAAUAUACUGCUGGUCAUCAUGCUCUCCGCUACUCUGGCCAUUCCCUUCUGGCAGUGGUUCCUGACUCGCUUUGGAAAGAAGACGGCGGUUUGCGCUGGCUCCUUGUCUGUGGUUCCCUUCAUGAUCCUGGUGGUGUGUAUGAAGAGUAACCUGAUCGUCACCUACGUUGUCUCCUUUGCUGCCGGGGUCGGUGUGGCUGCAGCCUUCCUGCUGCCCUGGUCUAUGCUGCCUGAUGUUGUAGAUGAUUUCCAAGUGCAGAACCCUGAAUCCACCGGCCACGAAGCUAUCUUCUAUUCCUUCUACGUCUUCUUCACCAAGUUCGCCUCUGGAGUCUCCCUCGGCAUCUCCACCCUCAGUUUAGAUUUUGCAGGCUACAUUAGUAGAGGCUGCUCUCAACCUGCGGAAGUGGAUAUAACCUUGAAAGUGCUGGUCUCAGCCGCCCCCAUCACUCUCAUCAUAAUCGGCCUGGCCAUAUUGUACUCGUAUCCAAUCACUGAGGAGAGGAGGCAAGGCAACCGCAAACUGCUACAGGAACAGAGGGACAACGAAGCAGAUUCAGAAACGGAAUCGACAGAACUUACCAACAUGAUCUAGCACUUUAGUAGAGACCCACGGACCAAUCGGGUGAUCAACUGGCAUUUUGCACUGGGCGGGACCAAUUUACCUGGGCCUGUCGGAUUAGACAUACACUGCCUUGUCCAAUCACACUUCUGCUGUUAAUUGAUUCAAAACGUGUCAUCGCUUCAGCCACGCUGAGGCCCAAAACAUCAUACCCUCCCUCUGCAUUUGUGACAAAUGUUCCAGCAUGAACGUCACUCUCCUCUUUUGUUCAGUGAGACCUCAAAAGCCUUACUUUUUGUAUAAUAUACUACUUUUGAGUACUGCGGGAAAAACUUUUGUUUGUUUUUUUUUUAAAUAUAAAAACAAAAAGGUUGGUCGCACAAAAAGCAUGAAAUGUGACGGGAACACGUUUUGUCGGUGCUACUCGCUUGGAGCUGAUCAGUUUCCAUCCUUAACACAUCGAGCAUUAAUGACCUUGAACACUGCGCUAAAAACAACCUUAUAGUUCUGAGAUGUGAACAUCGUGAGAAACUUGAACAAACUGUGAUAACGCCUUAAUAUCAGAACUAUUGAGUUGGUGUUUUGAACGUGUUUAAAUGUGUUUUUGUAAUUUUAUAAUUAAUCAUGAUAGUUUACUGAAACCGUCCCAACUGUUUCCAUCUUAUUCCCAUCCCACUUGCUUUUUAUUUUAUUUAAAGAAGCGUCAUAAUGUGAUGUUAAGCGGCCGGACAAUAACAGCUUUGAGCUUGUUGUUCCCCACCAUAGUACUGAAACCACUACAUUAGUAAAAGCUGGUAGUUUGCAAUGACAUUACUUGCAUUAUCGUAUUUAUAGGACCGCUACUGAAGAUGGGGAAAAGCUUUAAUUUCCUUAAUACUGAGCAAAACGGUGACUAGAGCCGGUCCUGAUUUAGUUAUAUCAUUAUUUAAAUAUUUAUAUAGGUUUUGAUUUUACCGUAUUUUGAAUUCAUGUGUGCUGAAAAGUGGAGCUUCUUGCAGUAUUUACAUAUAUUUAAGGCCUCUGAGGUUCUAACUGCAUUAGAAAAAUGAGGUUAAAUGGGGUGCGAGUCAAAUUUUACAAUAUUCACACGCCUUUUAAUGCAUGUGGCCUUUGCUACUAGCUUUGCUUCAUAUGCAUUCAAAAAGGGAAGCACAUAAUUGUGAAAAGAAAAAGAAGAUGGGGAAGUAAACUUGCUUGUCUUUUUUUUUUUUUUUUAUGUUUUUCUUUUGUAUACAUGUGUGUUUAUUGAAAGAACACCCAUGAUGCUUUGUGAUCAUCUCAAUCCCUGUGAAAGUCUGGAUUGACAUAUUUCGUAUCCAUUGAUAUGGAAAAUGUGUACAUAGUGUCAUAUGUUAUACAUACGGUUACAUCUUCGACGAGUUGUUUCUGACAACUGGGUUAAAUAAUUGUUCAUGUUUAAUUAACUUUAUGCUUUUUUGUGUGUUUCUCAUUUUUAUAGAGGUUCCUUGUAUCUCUAGAGGAUACUGUACAUGCCAACACGGUGCCAUUCUCACCCACUAACUGUCUAAAUUGUCCACUGUAAUCUGUCUUGUCAGUGUUUUCCUCUAUGGACCUGUCAGUAGACUUCCCUCAUGACUCUUGAGGCUGUAGCCAAAUGUGUGAGCUUUAAUCCAACAGGAAGACACAGAAGCCUUGUGUACAUGCCUUGUGUGCAAAUGUAAAUAUCGUAUGUAAAUCUGUAAAUAUAUUUGUGGCUGUGAAAUUAACUGUACACUGUUCGCUAGUUAUUUAAGAAACAAUUGUUGAGAUUGAAAAAAAGAUGCUGUUAAUAAAUACUAAUUGAUAAGUGUA